AUGCUCCGUCGGCAGUUUUCCCAUGAGUCGGGAAAGUCGGUGUUGCUUGCAGCGCGUGAAGAGUACUUGGAUCGAAGGCGGACGAGGUCCCUGAACGCGCCUUCACCCAUCCAGCAGUUUGGACCAUGUGGAAGAAUAAUGAAGAACUCUGCAAUGGUUAUGCAGAUCCAAGACCCGGCGUCCCAGAGGCUGACGUGGUACAAGCCGCCGUUGACUGUUCUCGUCAUCAAGAAGAUACACGACGCUACCAUCAUCACACCAUUCGUACAAUUAGUACACUGGCUUGUUCAUGACAAAAGUAUGGUGGUAUUCGUGGAGGCGUCUGUGCUAGAAGAUAGGAUACUUUCAGAAUAUGGGAACUUCAAUGCGGUAAAGGAGAGAUUGAUGACGUUCCGAGCAGGCACGGAUGACCUCACUGAUAAAAUUGACUUUAUCAUUUGUUUGGGUGGUGAUGGGACCUUGUUGCACGCUAGCUCAUUAUUUCAGCAAUCUGUACCACCGGUGAUGGCAUUCCACUUGGGUUCGCUGGGUUUCCUCACGCCUUUCGAAUUUAAUAAUUUCCAGGACCAAGUUAUGAAUGUUUUAGAAGGUCACGCGGCGUUAACAUUACGCUCCCGUCUUCAAUGUGUGGUGUUAAGAAAGAGAACGGAAGACAAAGACAAGAAGAAGCCCACGACAAUUCUGGUGCUGAACGAAGUAGUCGUGGAUAGGGGUCCUUCACCCUAUAUCUCUAAUAUCGAUCUCUUUUUGGAUGGAAAACAUAUUACCUCGGUGCAGGGAGAUGGGCUUAUAGUGUCCACUCCAACUGGUAGUACGGCAUACGCGGUGGCUGCAGGUGCGAGUAUGAUCCACCCAUCGGUGCCUGCCAUCAUGAUCACGCCCAUCUGCCCACAUUCGCUCUCUUUCCGACCCAUAGUGGUUCCAGCUGGAGUUGAACUCAAGAUUUCCUUAUCCCCCGACGCAAGGAAUGCAAUGUGGGUAUCUUUUGAUGGAAGGAACCGACAAGCGUUACAGCAUGGCGAUAGUUUAUACGUAACGACAUCAGUGUACCCUGUGCCGUCAAUAUGCGCGCAGGACCAAAUAUCGGAUUGGUUCGACUCACUCGGCGAAUGCCUUCAUUGGAAUGUGCGAAAGAAACAGAAGCAAAUGGACGAGCUUAGUGACGUCACGCACUCCUCUAGCGACACGCUUGACGACAUAGAGAACAACCAUGACGAGAGGCCAUGUGACACGUGA